AUGUCUGUUCUCACCGCUGCACUUAACGAGGAGGAUCGAGCGGACCUUGUUACUGCUCUUAAGAACAAGUUGCAGAAUUUGGCUGGACAACACACAGAUGUGCUUGAGAACUUGAGUCCUGCUCUUAGGAAGCGUGUCGAGAACCAACAUGAUGAAAUUGAAGCAAAGUUUUUCGAGGAGAGUGCAACUCUAGAAGCUAAAUAUCAGAAACUGUAUCAGCCUUUGUAUACCAAGUGGUUUGAGAUUGUCACCGGAGCGGUUGAAGUUGAAGGUGCAUCCGAAGAAAUAAAAACUGAACAAGGAGAAGACAAAGUUGUUGAAGAGAAAGGAGUUCCUGAUUUCUGGCUUAUUGCAGUGAAGAACAAUGAUAUCACCGCUGAAGAGAUAACUAAGCGAGAUGAAGGUGCUCUUAAGUAUCUUAAGGAUAUCAAGUGGAAUAGGGUUGAAGAACCAAAAGGGUUCAAGCUUGAGUUUUUCUUUGAUGAGAAUCCUUACUUCAAGAACACUGUCUUGACCAAGACUUAUCACAUGAUUGAUGAAGAUGAGCUUAUCCUCGAGAAGGCCAUUGGGACGGAGAUUGAGUGGUAUCCUGGAAAAUGUUUGACUCAGAAGAUCCUUAAAAAGAAGCCAAAAAAGGAUCCAAAAACACAAAGCCGAUCACUAAGACUGAGGACUGUGAGAAUUUCUUUAACUUUUUCAGUCCACUUCAAGUUCCUGAUGACGAGGAGGAUCUUGAUGAUGACAUGGUAUGGCCACCCACAAGAGCAGUUUUAA